AUGACCUGCCUCGACGCCCCAGGCCUUGAGCCUCGGGGCGUUCUCAGCUUGGAGCUCUUCCAGAACGCCACGAUGAUGGCCUCCAGCUCCAUCAACGGCGCCCUCGCCGUGUGGGACUUGUCGGUACCUGCAGAUCUUCAAAGGAAACCUCUGGAGUGGUUUCAGAGCCUUGACUACUACAUGACCAUGACCCUGUCCCCGGACGAAACGCUCUUCUUCACAACGGGAACGCUUGGAGGGAUCUCUGCGCGCUUCGUGGAGUCCGUACCCAUGGCCGUGCGACGCAUGAAGGCCUCGGCCCUGUGCCAGACGAAUUCCUGCAACGCCGCCUCCGUCACGCUGACCAGUAGCGAGCCCGUGGACUUUCCUGCAUGGUUGGAG